GAGCCGUACUUCCGGCCCGAGGUACCGUCGCGUUUCUGGGGCGACGCCUCAGCUGGCAGUUACCAUCGAGCGAGCACCUCCAUCCGGACCGGCCGCUUCCAUCAGACCGUCACCAUGGGGGCUGUGCUGGGCGUCUUCUCCCUCGCCAGCUGGGUCCCCUGCCUCUGCAGUGGCGCAUCAUGCUUGUUGUGCAGUUGCUGCCCCAACACUAAGAAUUCCACUGUGACUCGACUCAUCUAUGCUUUUAUUCUCCUCCUGGGAACUGCUGUGUCCUGUAUCAUGCUGACAGAAGGGAUGGAAACUCAACUGAAGAAGAUUCCUGGAUUCUGCGAAGGGGGAUUUAAAAUCAAGGUGACUGAUAUAAAGGCAGAUAAAGAUUGUGAUGUGCUAGUUGGUUAUAAAGCUGUGUAUCGGAUCAACUUUGCCUUGGCCGUCUUUUUCUUUGUCUUCUUUUUGCUCAUGUUGAAAGUGAAAACAAGUAAGGAUCCCAGAGCAGCGGUACACAAUGGGUUUUGGUUCUUCAAAAUCGCUGCCAUUGUUGGUAUCAUGGUUGGAUCUUUCUACAUCCCUGGGGGCUAUUUCACCUCAGCCUGGUUUGCUGUUGGCAUGGUGGGGGCUGCUUUGUUCAUCCUCAUCCAGCUGGUCCUCUUGGUAGACCUGGCUCACUCUUGGAAUGAAUUAUGGGUGAGUCGUAUGGAAGAAGGAAACCCAAGGGUCUGGUAUGCUGCUUUACUCUCUGUUACUACCGUCUUUUAUGUCAUGUCAAUCAUCAUUGUUGCAUUGUUCUACACAUACUACACUAAACCAGAUGGCUGCACAGAAAACAAGUUCUUUAUCAGUAUUAAUCUGAUUCUCUGCGUUAUAGUUUCCAUUGUAUCAAUCCACCCCAAAAUUCAGGAACAUCAGCCUCGUUCCGGCCUCCUGCAGUCCUCUAUCAUCACGCUCUACACCCUGUACCUCACGUGGUCAGCUAUGACAAAUGAACCUGAUCGUUCCUGUAACCCCACUCUGCUGAGCAUCAUUACGCACAUCGCUUCACCAACCGUGACUCCUGCAAAUUCCACUGCUAUAGUCCCUACCUCUGCUCCACCAUCAAAGAAGGGACACUUUCUGGAUGCAGAAAAUCUUCUAGGGCUUGCAGUUUUUGUUUUCUGUCUUUUGUAUUCCAGUAUCCGCACUUCCAGCAACAGCCAAGUAAACAAGCUGACCCUCUCGGGGAGUGACAGCGUAAUCCUUGGUGAUACAACGGCCAGUGGAGCCAGCGAUGAAGAAGAUGGACAGCCUCGGAGGGCUGUGGACAAUGAGAAAGAGGGAGUGCAGUACAGCUACUCGUUUUUCCAUUUGAUGCUCUGCUUGGCUUCCUUGUACAUCAUGAUGACACUGACCAGCUGGUACAGCCCUGAUGCCAAGUUCCAGAGUGUGACCAGCAAGUGGCCUGCUGUGUGGGUCAAGAUCAGCUCCAGCUGGGUGUGCCUCAUCCUUUAUGUCUGGACCCUAGUGGCUCCACUCAUCCUCACCAAUCGGGACUUCAGCUGAACUUCUGAGUGCCAAGGACACCGCUGAAGUUCCUGAAGGUCUCACCUUUGCUGAAAACCCAUAUUCCUUUUAAGUUUGCUUCAACUAAACUAUUAAGUGAACGCUUUGCAAAUUUGACUAUAUUCAGGUUUAUAUCAAAAGCAAGAUUGAAAAUGCUUGAUGCAGAAUCUGAACUUUUCAUUUUUAUGUAUAUUAUGUUUAUUUGUAAGGAUAUAGCACAAGAGAACAUUUUUGCGUUUUAAAGAAAACUACAGCUGUGCUGUGAAGAGAGUUCUUUAUAAAGACCUGUAGAGUUCUACAACUUUGAUUUAAAAUAUAAGAUAGAAGAAUAUUGGAUAUUUGAGGCUAUCAUUAAUAUAUUUCUAUUGCAUUCUCCUUAAAAAGAAAAAAAUGCAUUUAUAUGACAUUACCCUCCAUGAAGGUCUUUAUUGUGUGAAACUAGCACAUUGUUUAGUGCGUAAAUUCUUUGGAGGUGUGUAGCAUCAUAGUUCUUGGGCAGGGAUUAUGUAUGUGGGUCCUUCUCCAGAAGCGUGGUUGCUGAUGAGGCUGCUGCUUCUACAUCUUGAGUUUAUUUACUUUUUUAAUACUACAGCAUUAAUGCUGCUUGAUACAAGUCUGUGGCUUUGCCAGAUAUGUUAAUUUCAAUAAAUGCUUUGUAGGUUUUAUUAAAAUGAAGAUUCAUUUGAGAAAACAUUGCAAUGUCUAUGUAAUGAUCUUGUCAUGAGUAUGUAAAAGUAAAAUGCAUGUACAUUAUAUAUUUGCACUAUAAAGGUAUUUGAUUACAAUAGAAAGACAUUAAACUUUUAAGGCCCUUUUUUUUAACAGCUUUUUGGGUUAACAGCCAUGCAUUAUUUUUUGGACAGUCACAGGUUUAUUUAUCAUCAAGUCAGGAUGUCCCUGUUCUUCCUGGAACUUAUGAUCUGGCUAGUGAGCUGAGUCUUGAACUCAUUCAGAAAUUAUCCUGAUCAUCUUCUCUGGAUAAUACUUUGGUAGAUGAGGAAUAGUUAAGGCACUGUGAAGAACUAUAUUCCAGAGAGGCAGCAUACAAGGAGGUAGGAUAAAACAUUUCUAACAAGAUUUACUGAGUGUCUGUUCCACAGCAGGCCCUAUAGGUUCUAGGACACAAAUUUAAAUAUGACAGACACAGGCUGUUCCAUCUUGGGCAGUGUAAAGGCGUGAGAAAAUGAGCCGAUGGGUGGUUCUGAUGUGAAUUGAUGCUGUGAUUUGAGGAUUGCAGAGAACUCAGGAGGAGGGGUACCUGGGUUAGAGGGUGUCACAGUGAACUUCCUGGAGAAUGCUGGUAGGGGUCAGCUAGAGAGACAGGGGUAGCAUAAUGACAUUGCUGAGGAUAGGCAGACCACAGUUAAAAGCAGGGAGAUGGGAAAAAAGCGUUCAGUAAAGUCAGAACAGAGGGGCAGAGUACAUGGGGAUAAAUUCUGAAGUGCUGUAUAAACCCCCAUGAGAGUUGGAACUCCUGAUGUUGAGGGCAGCAGAGAGCAUCUUCAGAACAAUGUGAGCAAACUGUCUUUGGUCACUUGGGCUGAUAGAGAGAGGAUGGAUUUAGAGAGAGGACACCAGAAGCAGUUCGUAUGAGAUUAGAAGUAAAGAAGUAGAAGGAGACAUGGGGAGAAAAUGACAGUGAGGGCUACUUGGUAAUUAGAAUUUUAACAUUGGCUAUCAAUUAGAUAUAGGGAACGGUAGAUUCUAAGUGCUUCUGGUUGAAUCAUCUGGUGGAUGGUGCUGCACUUAGAAUGGAAGCAGCAGGAAGUACAGGUAUAAAAGGACAGAGGUUGUCCCCGGAGAAUGGGUGAAGUCUUGGGAGUAAGCUUUUAGGUUUGCACCCCAACUUUGCCCCCACACCCCAUAUUGGGGAUUGAACCCAGGGGUGUGCUACCAUGGAGCUAUACCCCAGUGUUUUUUAUUUUAAGACAGGGUCUAAAUCACCCAAUCUGGCCUCCCACUUGUGGUCCUCUUGCCUCAACCUUCUGCGUUGCUGGGAUCACAGGCCUGGGCCACCAUGCUUGGCAAGUUUUCUGGUUUUUAGCUGCAAAGCUGAUCAGCCAGUAUUUACUGAGUACAUACAUGUUUUAUGACUUGGGCAAAUGACUUUACCUCUCUGAGCUUCAGCCUAGUACCUAGUGCUUGUGUCCUGAUGUACUUAGAUGGUUUGAAGAAUGCUUAACACACUUACAGCACACUUAAUAGGCACUCCUAAUCUCAGUAUGGGUUAAAGUGAGACUGGAUGAUAUUUAAGGGUCACAGAUGUUCAGAAUCUGAUGGAGCUGCAUUUGAGGUACUCUUACAGAAUUAACCAGAUGGACAUAGAGGUGCUGAUAGGAAGCAGAGCUUGAAACAGAUUGUUGGAACCACUGUCCUUCAAACCAGCGGCAUGUGUCAGGCUUUUGUGUAGAAAUAAAGUGGCAAAGGAUUUGCAGGGUGGAUGGGUUUGGCCCUUGGUCUUUCCAGGGUAGAGCAGAUUCCCUUUAACAGCAGAGGAACCAGAGUAAGAAUUCUGUAGAUCCUGAACUUCAAAACCAUUACAGUGCCCCCUCUUCCGCCUUAUGUAAUUCAAUAUAAAAGCAAUACUAAGCUGUAAAAUACUGUAACAAAGUCCAAUAAAAGUUUUUAUUUAUUUUUUUCUCAUGA